AAAAAAAUUGCCUGUCGGGGAAUAGCAGUGUGAUUUCACAUAUAUAAUCCAAAUGAGUGAUUCUGUGAACCCGGAGGAGAAGGGUGACCCUGAUCCUGAGGCCAGCUGGCCUGAAAAUGGAGAUCAGUGGAGCGAUAAAGAAGAUGGAGGAGAAAUGGAAGAAUCUACACUCAUUCAAGAAAUGGUGGAAGAGGAUGAAGAAAUUGACCUCUACAAUGAAGAGACCUUCGGACUAGACCUAAAUGCUGAAGAUCUAGAGGCAGAUCCUGUUGAUAUUCUUUUAAUGGAAGGAAACCAGCCCUCCUCUCCCCAUCCUCCAUCACCACAUGAGCCCUCUCCUCCUAGACCUAAAGGUGAAAUCGAGCCCCAGAUUUCCGCAGGCCUGCGUGAAAAGUUCCGUAGCCGAAGGGAGAGAGUCAGUAAGGGGCAGCUGCUGGAUGACCCGGCUGUCAUGAGGACUGUGGAAGGUCCACCCAGUCUCAAGAGUUUGGAUAGUGCUAUUGUGGACUGUGGACGCUGUUCAGGCUGGGGGGAUCUCAACGCCAACAUGUGGAUGAUGUCACCAUAUGGCCCAACGAGACAAACGCCUUUUUUACAAGACAAAGCCAUUGUGCGAGUGAUCGACCGGUCGUCUUGUGGCAGGAUGCCAUUCACAUCUCCUACCUUGCGAUCCCCACUGCAGAGGGCUGUCCCUCAGCAGGUGCCUGUGUGUCCGGUGAUGCCUAGAUCUCCACUACCCCCUCAAAGUCCAUUUGCAAUUACACAGCGUUACAACCAGCCAGGUGUUUAUCUCUCCCCCUCUACGCCACGUUUUCACUCUCCCAAAAUGAUGCCUCUGCAGUUUGGACCAAACUCACCCCGGCCUGGCCCCUGCUUCAGCCCUUUACCCAGUCCCCUCCCUCAGAGAUUCAGGUUCCCAGUCCUGGCAACCCAGCUCCAUCCUCAGCACAAAAGAUUGCUGAGUCAACGUCCUCAAGGCUUACGGCGAAAGCCAAAGGAUUGGGAUCAUUAUGCUGAACUUAUGUCGGCCAAAGAGAAGGAGUGGAUCGUUAAGCUGCAGAUGAUCCAGCUACAAAGUGAGAAUCUACACCAGGAUGAUUAUUACUACCAGGAGUACUACCGGAGACUGGAGACCAAAUUGGCUGAAGAAGAAAUGCUGGGUGACCGCUCUAAGAGGGAACCACCCAAACUGACCACCCCAUACAUCAACAAAACUGUAUCAUACACACCAGUGGUUCACAUCGAGGGCUCGCUGGGUCAAGUUGCCGUUUCUACAUGUUACUCACCACGUAGAGCCAUUGAUGCUGUCCAUGGUCAUACUGUAGAGGAACAGAAAGACAUCAGACAGCAGAGACUUGAAGUGCUGAACACCAUUGAGAAGUGCUACAUCAUUUUGUUGGGGGUGGAGGAAGCUGAGAGACUGAAGGCUAGUGUUUCCGAUGAGGAGGAGAGGCAGAGACGGCUAAAGACCAUUCAGAGAGGAGUGGAGCAGAUCAGCAACCAGCUACGCAACCCCAACUCUUUGGAGUCCACAGAAGAGUUUCUACCAUGUCUUUUGGUUUCAAAAGGGAAAAAACUGCUGGCAAGGCUCCUGCCAUUUCUCUCUCAUGAUGCAUCUCUGCAGGUUCUGAGGGCGAUCACAACACACUUGCCAGCAUUAAUGAGCCGAGAUGUAGAUGAGGCUCUUCCUGUUCUCUACCCAUCUCUCAGAGCUGUGAUUGGCACAUUGACAUUCACCCAGCUGGUCAGCAUUCUCCAAGACUUUACCACAGCCUUACCUGACUCCAAAGACUCACGCUUGACACUGGCUUGCCAAAAUAAGUUUGGUCUGUCGUUGCUGUACGCAUUGCUUUCGCAAGGUGAGAGACUCCUGACCUCCGAUGUUCCCAUGGAGCCAAGCAUUGGUGAUUUUGAGAACUGGACGGACACUGUUUUCCAUGUGGCACGGCAGCUGUCCCGCUCAUCUCUCAUCGAGCCACUCUGCAUGCCGUCCAAUCUGCUUACACUGUUCUGUCGUUAUUUAGAUAAACGCACUGUCCAGCAGCUCAAGAACAACAUGGAGUCUUCAACUGGCUAUCUGGCUGUUGGUUCCUGAGAGGAAUUCUUUUUUUUGUUUGUUUGUUUGUUUUUUUUUUUGUUUGUUUUUUUUUUUUAAAAGCCCCUCUAUAGUGAAACUCUGCUCAUCAGCAGAUGAUCAUCCACUUACCCAAUCUCUGAACUUGUACACUGAACCCACGAUUUCAUAAAUGUACAUUGGGGGGUAUUGGGAUUCAGCUCUGAGAGAGAAAAAUAUCCAAAUGGAUUUAAGUUUCACAAAAUUAUCUUUGGGUUCUUUUGUAAAGAGAAAAUGCAAAGAUCCAUUUUCUUUAAUUUAGGAGAUUCAUUUCCACAUUGCCAUGUAUGUUUCUA